GGUACGUAAAUAUUGUAGCUGAAGGUACGUUGGUGUCGGGGGCAGGGGAGCAAGGAGCAGCGGCCGUUGAACUCCGUGACGCACACAACAAUUGUUUAACAAACAGCGUUUCAAGCGAAAUUAUCGUCUAAUAUAUAUAUGUUUUCAAGCUUUACUUAGGUAUAUCGUAAACUGCGUUUAUUUGCAAGUUAUUCCACAGCACAGCGUAAACAAAUCGCUGUCGAACGUUAAAGCUAACGUUGCUAAAAACAGCGGCGAGGACAACAGUGUUUUUUCGCCAAAAUGAGAGGGGGCUCCUCCUAUGGAGACAGAGACAGGGACCGCGGACGAGAUAGACCACGGUUUGGAGCCAUGAGCAGUCGUGGUGGACCCCCACCAAUGAAGUUUGGAAAUCCAGGUGAGCGUCUCCGCAAGAAGAGGUGGAAUCUGGACGAGCUGCCCAAAUUUGAGAAGAACUUCUACACUGAACACCCUGAUGUCCAACGCAUGACUCAAUAUGAAAUGGAAGAGUUUCGCCGAAAAAAGGAAAUCACCAUCAGAGGCACUGGUUGUCCAAAGGCUGUCACCGCUUUUCACCAUGCGCAGUUUCCUCAGUAUGUGAUAGAUGUGUUAAUGCAGCAGAAUUUCAAGGAGCCAACAGCGAUCCAGGCUCAGGGAUUCCCUGUGGCCCUGAGCGGCAAGGACAUGGUGGGAAUUGCACAGACUGGCUCUGGAAAGACACUGGCAUAUCUUCUUCCUGCUAUUGUACACAUCAAUCACCAGCCCUAUCUGGAGAGGGGAGAUGGGCCGAUUUGUCUGGUUCUCGCUCCAACCAGAGAGCUGGCCCAGCAGGUUCAGCAGGUUGCAUAUGACUAUGGGAAAUCUUCCCGUAUCAAAAGCACCUGUGUGUAUGGUGGAGCUCCCAAAGGACCACAGAUUCGAGAUCUUGAGAGGGGUGUUGAGAUCUGCAUCGCCACACCUGGUCGCCUCAUUGACUUCUUGGAGGCAGGGAAGACUAACCUGCGCCGCUGCACCUACCUUGUGCUGGAUGAGGCUGACCGCAUGUUGGACAUGGGUUUUGAACCGCAGAUUCGCAAGAUAGUUGAACAAAUCAGGCCUGACAGACAGACUCUGAUGUGGAGUGCAACUUGGCCGAAGGAGGUUCGGCAACUUGCCGAGGACUUCCUGAGGGACUAUAUCCAGAUUAAUGUUGGUGCUCUGGAGCUCAGUGCCAACCACAACAUCCUGCAGAUAGUCGAUGUCUGCAUGGAGACAGAAAAGGACAACAAACUAAUUCAGCUGAUGGAGGAGAUAAUGGCUGAAAAGGAGAAUAAAACAAUCAUCUUUGUGGAGACUAAGAAACGUUGUGAUGAUCUUACAAGGAGGAUGAGGCGUGAUGGCUGGCCAGCCAUGUGUAUCCAUGGAGACAAGAGCCAGCCAGAACGAGACUGGGUGCUCACAGAAUUUAGAAGUGGCAAAGCUCCCAUUCUGAUUGCUACUGAUGUUGCUUCUCGUGGUCUGGACGUGGAAGAUGUCAAGUUCGUCAUCAACUAUGACUAUCCCAGCUGCUCCGAGGAUUAUGUCCAUCGUAUUGGACGUACGGCCCGCAGUACCAACAAGGGCACUGCCUACACCUUCUUCACACCAGGAAACCUGCGACAGGCCCGAGACCUUGUCCGGGUUUUGGAGGAGGCCCGGCAAGCCAUAAAUCCUAAACUGCUUCAGCUCGUGGACUCCGGCCGUGGAGGAGGAGGUGGUGGCAGAAUGCGUUACCGUGGCAGCAACUCCAACAACCCUAACCUGAUGUAUCAGGAUGAGUGCGAUCGGCGCAUGCGCUCAGGCAAAGAUGGCCGCAGUAGCUUCAACCGCGACAGUCGCAACAGCCGUGAUGGAGACCGUUCCUCUUCCUCCUAUAGGGACAGAAGCAGGGACCACAGAAACAGCUACAACUCGGGCUCAGAUCACUACCAGAGCUACAGCAGUAGUGGUGGAGGCUAUAACGCCCGUGGUGGAGGCCACUCUGGAGGUGGUGGUGGAGGGCCUAAUCAGUCCAGCCAGCCGCAGGGUCAGUUUGGCCAGGUUCCUCCUCCUCCUCCACCGUCAGGGGGACCGCAGCCUCUGAUGGCUCAGCAGUUCGCUCCAUCACAGCCUCCACUCAUGGGCUUCAUGGGGCAACCGCCAUACCCUUUCGUGUCUCCUCCCCCUCCUCCUCCAGGUGCGCCGCCACCCCGGAAGUAGAAUAAAAAGGCACCGACUUAGUUUGUGCUACUUAGUGUGUUUUACAGUGUAACUUUGUUUUUCUUCUUGUCAUCCCCAAAAGAGCCAGGGAUUUUAAAAGGCAUAUGUCUAAGGAGGUAAGGGCUUAUAUUUUGUAUUUGUUUUGUACUUUUUAAUAUGCCCAAAAUGAGGGAUUUAGAUGAGGGAUGUAGAAAAGGAAAUCUAGAAAUAUUGUCCUUUGUUUUUUCAAAUUAGAUUGUCACUGUCCAAAGUUGCUCUCAACUGUGCACCAUGGAGGAACAGUUGUCUAGUGUUUUCAUUCCAAUCAAAUGUUACAACAUUAGAUUUGUCCAGUUUGUUAUUCCUCUCUAGCAGCGUAAAAGAUAAUGCAACUACAUUACAUUUGUCUGUGGCACAGUAAUGUAAGGCAUUUCCAUAUACAGUUAGUUACUGCUUUUAUUUUGAAGCAGUAUAGUCUACUGGCAGUGCCACUUUGACUCUCUUGAACAUGCAGUCAAACCUUGUUUACUCUUUGGGCUGGUUUUUGUGGUAAUACUUUAUUAAAUAGCCUCAAGAAAAAACCUUGUGUAUGUCCUUAUUGGAAUAGAGGGUUGUCAUUUUUAAGGUUCUAAGUGGCAAUUGGAUGAUAAUACAUCUCAGGCAAAGUUUUUAAAGUAAUGCAACAAGUUGUGUUACCAAUUACUUUUUACACAGUAAAUAGGUAAAAUUAAGUACUAACCCCCACACUGUUUCCCAGUUUAAGCUGUUGUCAGCUGCAUUAGGAUUUGGUUUGAGUGCAAACGCUUUAGACUGACUGCCUCAGUGGUCUUUGGUUGAGAGUUGUUCUUUCAGGGAAAAUGAAAUGCAGUAGGUACAAUUACAUUCCAGACUCAUGUCUUCUGUGACUUUGUUCAAGUUCAAACUCUGAGUUUGAGAAACUUGGAUUUUGGAGAGCAACGUAUUUUUAUCGCAUUGAUUUUUAGGUUUGUUCUUCUAAAUGCCCAAGCAGUAGAUACAAUUGGGGGAAUCUUCUAAUAGUUUUCAUAUCAUUCAACCACUUAUUUAGAUUUGUUGGUGUGUUUGACUUAUCUAAUGAUUGAGAUACAUUUUUAUCAUGCAUGCCUUUUACUUUUUCUGUCCUGUAGCGAGUCACAGCUAAAAUAUUCUUUUAACGUCAAGAUUUACUAAAUCUUACUUUGUUGCUUGUUUCCUGUCAAUGCGCUCUUUUUACAGUGUUUUCUUAAAUAAACGUGUCAAAGCUG